UCGGCCGGGUCCACCGCGGCCCCUCUGUCGUCAUUUCCUGUGGGUCUGCACCGCGGAAGAGAAGAUGGCGGCGCUGGGAGAACCUGUCCGGCUGGAGAGGGAUAUCUGCAGAGCAAUUGAAUUGUUGGAGAAAUUACAGAGGAGUGGAGAGGUGCCGCCACAGAAACUUCAGGCUUUGCAAAGAGUCCUCCAGAGUGAGUUCUGCAAUGCUGUCAGAGAGGUAUACGAACAUGUUUAUGAGACUGUGGACAUCAGUAGCAGCCCUGAAGUGAGAGCUAAUGCAACUGCAAAGGCUACCGUUGCUGCGUUUGCUGCCAGUGAAGGGCACUCUCAUCCCCGAGUUGUUGAGCUACCCAAAACAGAAGAGGGCCUUGGAUUCAAUAUCAUGGGAGGCAAAGAACAAAACUCACCAAUCUAUAUAUCCCGGAUAAUUCCAGGUGGAAUUGCUGACAGACAUGGAGGCCUCAAACGAGGAGAUCAGCUCCUUUCUGUUAAUGGAGUGAGUGUUGAAGGAGAGCACCAUGAGAAAGCGGUGGAGCUACUGAAAGCAGCCCAAGGCAAGGUGAAGUUAGUCGUCCGGUACACACCAAAAGUCCUGGAAGAAAUGGAGUCCCGCUUUGAGAAAAUGAGAUCGGCAAAACGCAGACAACAGACCUAAUCGUUUAAAAACUCUAUGUUCCUUUUGCUUUUAGCUAGGAAAGUUACUUGUGACCUACUGAUGGUCUUGAUGCCAGUGAUUGUAAAACACCAGAAACUUCCGUGAACUCUUCUUGCCAUUUUAUAAAUGCCUGUUUUAGCAUCACUAUGGUUGUAGAGAAGCAUACACUUUUUUUCUCACGAGAAAAAGUCAAAGUUGAUGAGGGCAGUUCUGUCCUGCUGUUUUUACAGGCCUUUUUCAAACACAGAUUUUGUCACAAAGUUGUUAUAGAUUUUUAAUAAUGCUUUUUUAAUAUUAAAAUGUACUUUUACAUUCUUAAUCUUUUUUUAAAAAGAGGUUUCUUUAUUUGGCGACUUAUUUACAAAUAACAGAUCUCCAAUAUUUCCUUUUGCUUACUGCAAUUUCUUUGUGAAAUUUGUUUUCAUUUUUCCAAGCAAUUAAACAUAGCAGUCUUGAUUGUGGCAGUUUAUCAUGCCGUGAGUGUUGCCAUCUCUGCUGCAUUGUGUACUUGGAGCAUAACAUAUGAGAUCAUAUAAUCAGUGGUAAAUCAUAGCUUCCAUGGAACCGUUUUAUUUUUAUUUAAACAAUGUAUAACGUAUUCAUUUAUACUGAUUUAUAAAAGAAAGGUUUUAAGCACUGAAGCAAUCAUUGCUAAAAUAUGUAUUUCAUAAUAUUUAAGCAGUGAAGCAAGAGGAUAUAAUUUGAUUAUUAGCAUUACCAAUUAAAUCCUUUAUUUAUAUUUAACAGUCAUAAAUUAUACAUGCAAAAAGCUCAGAUUUCAACUUUUUAUGCUAUUCAUUUGUAUUUAAGUAUAUUUCUCAUAGUUUGGCUCUUUCAUGCCUAGAGAUGAGUGGGUUAGCCUGUGCUGGGGAGAAUGGAAGUAGGACAAGGUAACAACUUCAACUCUGGAGCCUGAAGAGCCAUACAUUCCUGCUCCCAGCUUCAGUACUGACUUGAGAUAUGAAGGGCAGGGAGGAUUUGCUUAAGGUACAGAAGCAGGCGGUUUCCUAAGUCUCACAGUGAGUGGGGCUCAGGAUGACGUAUAUCUUGAUGAUUCAGAGAGCGAGCGAUGGGAAUUUGGAACAGUACUUUUCACCAUUUGUCCACUGGAUGUCACCGUUUUCCUAAAAGGCAGCUAUUGGUACAUGAUUGUGACUGUGGUCUUCUAAAAGCUGAAGUCAAAGUGAUUAAUUUCCAGUCACAGAUUACAGGAACAUUUUUAAAGGGUUUAAGUGAUGAUGUUAAAUAGAAACGGAUGGGUUGAAAAUGGAAGGAUUUGUCAUAAUUACGACUAUUACCUUUAUUUUUUAAAAAUGGGCAUUUUGUAACAUUCCUUCAGGAAGAAUGGAAGUGUGUAUGUUUUUCUGCAUGUGUGUGAGCACUGUGAGUCUACAAGAUUACUGCAGUUUUCAGUGAUUUUCAGAGUAAAAGUCAAUCAACAUGUUAUUUAUCAUUUAGGACUUGAACACUGGAUUGUGCAUGGUUGAAUGUCUUUAGUCCACUACAAAAUGUGCUUGAUAUUGAUAGAAUCAUGCUGAAUUGUAUAUUUUCAAAAUUAGCUCAUGUGUUUUUAAAAUGUUGAGACCAAAGUAGUAUAGAAGAGUAUGACGUAUUUUAAUUUAAUUGUAAAAUUAUUAGAGGUAUUUGUUUUAAAACUAUAUUAAAGAAAAGUGUUGGUGCAUAUAGAACAGUACCAUUAUUGUUAUGCUCGUAUUUCUGCAUCCCAGGGCAAGUAAACCCUGAGGAACCCUUGUCUUCGGGUAGCUACUGGGGCUGCAGUUGCUCCCGAGGAUGCACCAGCGUCCCACUAUGAUUACAGCUUCCUGGUUCAUGUUUCAGCUGUUGCAGAAUUUCAGCCAAGUUACUUUUUUUCCUUAAGUACGUUGAAAAAGCCUCUUUUCCUUCUUCGGUAACUCACAGUCUGUUCUUUGUGGCCGACACCUAUUUAUAAAGUCUUAAAUAACACUACUUAAAGGAGCCAAACACAGAGCUCUUCUUGGUACUGUUAAGCAUGAGUAGCAGUAGUUGGCUUUCAUUGAUGCGAUUCUCCUAUCUCAGAAUUUUAAAUAAUGACCAUAGGAAAAGUCAGUGGCAAGUGUACAGUAGUCUUCUUGUGUACUAAGGAAAUGAAUGAAUUUUAAUCUAAUAAAUGGAUGAUUUGUGAAUUAAAACUAGGCAGUAAAUAUAAAGGGUAUUUGUUUGACUUGUAACUUACAAAUGUAAAUUUCCCUUAGCCCCAGUUUUCCAUUUUUUUUUUCUUAAAUAUUUCAAAAUGAGUUGACUUGGUGAUUCAUGACCUUGGUUGCAUGUUAGAAUGCCCUGCAGAUCUUAAAACUCACCUAGGUCCCUUCGCAUACAGCGGAUUCAUAAUCAUUUGUGAUUGACAUUUCAUAUGACAGUGUCUACCCUCUAUUGUCUUUAGGGGCUCACCCUGACACCCAAGCUUCAGAAGCACUAGCCCAUGGACUUUCUGAUUAUACUGGACUCUGUUUGAAAGGACAUUUACUCUGAAGCUGUUUAACGGUCGAUUCUACUCCUUAGUAGCUCUUUAUGGGCUUAAGAGGUAUUUGGCAGUCCUUUCUUCUUUGGAGAAUCUCCAUAGCUCUGGCUGUCCUGGAGCUCUCUGUAAACCAUGCUGGCUUCCUUUUGUAUUCCCUUUUCUUGUUCUGUAAAAAAUAAGACCUACCAGUAAUUCACUUGUAAAAUCUUAUUAGUGUUUUCUCCUUCUGUCCCCUUUACCUUUAAAAAAAAUUGCAGGUUAUCAUUUGAAAGAGCAUGUUUAAGCAUCGCCGAUGUGAAAGCACUGUGAGGAAUGAAUCUGUGCCGUCUAGAUAUGGCUCCUUUACCAUUACUGUUCUACUACAUGGAUGGAGUCCUGUUCUGUAGGGUCUCACUUUUUAAGAUCAUCUUCCUGUUGUAAAAGUUUAAGGCAUUUUGCUCAAGUACUUUGUUUACAAUUAAAAUAAAUAGAACUUAAUAGAAGAUAAGGUUAUGGCUUACUGGAAAGCAUCAGCAUGACUUGGUAUAGACUUAAAAGAGUACAUGUGAUUAUACUGUGGAAUGAUUAUUGAUAUAUAAGGACUCUAGUAAUUGUACCUCCUGAAUAAAUGUCCGUUUGUGCAUUUUCUAACUUACAGUUCAUUGUCUGUUCUGGCAACAAUCUCGCUUUGUAGUUUUACUCUCCAAAAUUCAUGAGUAGUGUUUCUUCAAAGGUUAUUGAAGUAAUAAUAGUUACAUAAUGGGGGAAAGUCAUUUGAUUAUUAAUUUUCAAGAAGUUUUAAACUAAUUUGUAACUGGACGUGGUUUUUAAAAAUAUUGGCAAAGAUUUGAUACACUUGUACUCUUUUUAGUUCGAGAAAAUUAUUUGGAAUGUGAAACAGUGCUUUUUCAAUAGAUGAAUCAUUUAGCAAUUAAAUUCUGACUCUAAGGCUUAUUUAAAAUAUAUUUGUAUGAGUCGUGCUUGUCCUUUGCAUUUGACAAAAUUGAUACAAUUACAAGUAGAUGUAUUUCUGAACGCUGUAUGUAAAAUAACCGUUACAUAAAGUAAAAAGCAAAUUCCGUGGUGGUUCCUGAAAUGAGACUUCAGAUUUCUGUAUUUUGUUUGCCUUUCAUAAACUAUAACUAAACCAAA